AUGGAUUUAUUAAUUCUUUGUUGUUUUGGUGGUGUUCCUUUUAUUCAAUUUCCCUCCUCCCCCUCCUCUCCUUCAAAACAACCUUUAGACAGAAUUAGGCAUCAAUGGGACCCCACUGAUUGGGUUGCUGUUGAUGUUACUGAUUCUCUUUUAUUUACAAACAAUUCUUCUUUCUCCUCUUCCUCUUCAUUAAAUCCUUUAUUGAAAAACAUAUUGCCUUCAGAUAUAUCAACAAUUAAUUUAGAACAAUGUGACCUUUGGAAUUUAACAUUUGCUUCUAAUGCAGAUAAACAUUUAUUUAAAAAAAGUCAUGGAAAGCUUAAAUGCAGGUGUCCAUUCGACUAUGUUGGAAUAGCCUGUCAACAACAAAAAACAAAACAAACAACAUCCAAAACAUUAAAUAAAACAACAAACAAAACUUUAAACAAAACAUUCCCCUCUUCCCCUCCCUCUCCCACUCCUCCUCUACUUUUACCCAACUUAACCACCAUCAACCAAACAUUCAAAGCAAUGGCUUUAAUUGGGGGAACAACACAAUCAACAUUUUCUGGAAAUUCUUUUAUUUGGUUUUUACUUGUUUUUAUGUUGUUGGCUUUAAUUAUGGUUUCCUUGUUUAUGAUGUUCAGGGGUUGUUGUUUUUGUGAUUGUUUUGGGGGAAUUCCAAAUAACAGGCGUUAUGAUCAACCAUUAACUCCCCAAACAAUAAAUCGUUGCAUGAAAGCUAUUAAAGAACAUGAAAGGGAGGAAAAGGCUAAGUAUUCGGCAAGUGGAGAAUGGUCAAUAGCCCCACCACCACAACAACACUCAACAUCAUUUAAUAAUAAUUGUAUGGUUAUAGAUUCACGUCGACCAUUAUUACCACAACAAACAACAACAAAUUCAAUUUCAUCAAUUAGCGAAACUAUCCCCCCUCCAAAUAUUCGUGCCUGUUCUCCUCCACCAUCUUACCGUUCUUCUAAUGGAAGUAUUGACAAAAUUAAUAAAUAA